UAAAAGUUGUAUGAACUAGGCAACACGGCAACACCAGCUUACAUUUCCUUGAUUAUCUAAAUGUUAGGAUUAUGUUUGAUUUGUCCUGGAUAUAAAUAGUUAACAUAAUGUUUCAGACAGCAUUAGUAAAUCUGGAAAAAUAAAUUGAAUAUACAUCAAGAUGAAUGAGAGGGAUAUUCCAAGUGUCCCUAUUACAACAUUAGCAGGAGUAGCUAGUUUGACUGACUUGUUACCAGUGCUUCCAUUACCAACACCACUACCAUCAACACUGAACAACAAAUCUCAACUAUUUCAUCCCCGUGUUGCUGAAGAAGCAGCUAUACUGCUUGCAACUCGAGAUGACAACCUUGUUUCUCUGUUGUUACAAUCGUUGAUGCAAACAUCAGUACAACAUAUAGAUUUAAAGGAUGAGAGCAUUCCAAAUGCAGUUAGUCCUGCACCUCAGCAAACAACACCCGAGUUGUUAAAGGCUAUCUUACAUGUAAACCCUAAUAUAUUUGAUCAACAACAAAGAAACCAUUGGGGUAAUAAUCACCUGCACACAUCCAAGUUUAAUGGGAUGUCACCAUCUUCCACAUAUAAUUACACAUCACACAAUACAGCGAAUUCAAGUCCUUCGUCUCAUGGGACAUCAAUGCAUACAGCUUCCAUUCCUAACCAACAACUUAUAGCUCCUCCUUGCCAGUCGUCACCUCAUGUGAAUAUAGGUUCACCGCCCUCUCAGGCUCGGCCAGGAAGCCAGGUUAAUAUUACUGCCCAAAAUAAUGUUUCUCCGCCAUGGAAUAACUCCAACCAGUCCAAUAUUUAUACAAGUCCAUUGUCUAAUACUUCGUGUUCCAAUCCUCAUAAUGGUGGAUAUUAUAACAGUUUAGUCCAGGACAAUAGAAAUUUUAGUACUAAUAUAAGUGAGGAUAAGGACCCACUUUCUAUGUCACCAAAUAACAUGAGUGAACAACAAAAGCAACUAAUGCAGUCCCAAGAAAAAACAUAUGAACAAGAUGGCAACGUAGUAACAGGCCAGUCUCCGGCCCAAGCCAGUGUAGCGCCGUCUCCCUUGCGUCAUGAGCCACAAGUGCCUCAGCCGUCUAUGGGAGCUCCGUAUGCUCCGCCGCCACUCAACAGCGCACAGGAGAAACAGGACCCCAACAGAAGUACAACACUUAUGAAUAACAGAUAUCCAGUAGUAAAAUUAGGUCGUCUUUCAGAAGGUAUAUUAAAAAAACAUGAAACGUCGAAUGACGAAAGAAUGAGAAAGAACAGCACAGCGGAGUCAGACUCUGACGACAAUAUCCCCUUAAAAGCGAAGUCAAGUAACUCAGCACAAGCAGUAGAUAAGGAUAAAGAAGCGAUAGACAUCGCGAGAGAAAAGAACUGGGAAGCUGUAAAGAGAAAGCAUGAGGAAGCAAGCAAAAAAGAGGAAGCUGAAGCGGCUAUAGUGCGACCCAAACUACGAAAAGUCGAAAGACGACUGGUCCCAGUUCUGGAAAUGCUCUCUGUCGACGAGCUUAUGGAGACAAAUACGUAUCAACGUUUCAAUAAAUUAAUUGAUUCAGUUUUUGAAACUAUUGAUGAUGAUAUAAUAAUAACGGAUGAAAUGGAGGGUACAGACAUUCCGGAAGAUAUGUUGCUACCUCGAUACCAACUUCAGGAGCUUUGUGCCGAAGCAGCAAAGUUAAAAAAUCUUGGGGCUAUGGAAGCCAUUCCUGCUGAUAGAUUGGUUCGACUACUUAACAUUUUGGAGAAAAAUAUACGAGCUGCAGAAAAAAUGUCUUUAAUAGGUGACCCUGAAGAUAGUGAAGAAAUGCGGCAAAUAUGGAUAGAAUCUGCACUAGAAAGAGUUAUGUGUGCAUCAGAUUCCUGUCUUACGGCCUUGUACAUAAUGACUUCACCCAGUAUGCCUAAGCGCAUAUUCUUAGAAGAUGUUAUAGAUAGAAUCAUUAUGUUUAUAAAGUUUCAGUUGAAUAACACAAUAUACUGUGUUUAUGAUCCAGUUUACAGUAUUCAAAGUACUUCGAAAAAGAAAGUGGACGGGCGGCGGCGGCGCGGCGGCGCGGCGCCGGCGGGGCGGCGCGGCGGCGCCUCGCGCGCCGUGCGCGAGCUGUACACGCACGCGCACGAGUGCGUCACGCUGCUCGCCGAGCUGUUCGCCGCGCACCACCUCACCGACACCACGGUGCUGCACGCGUCCAGCGUCGGCGUGUCGCCCUUCUUCGUCGAGAACAUCAGCGAGCUGCAGCUGUCCGCGCUGAAGCUCGUCACCACGAUAUUCACCAAAUACGAGCAACAUCGGCGACUGUUGCUGGAAGAUAUAUUGGCAUCGAUAGCUCGAAUACCGAGUUCGAAACAUAACUUGCGCUCGUUUCAACUGAGCUCCGACCAACACAUUCAAAUGUUGACCGCGCUCGUGUUGCAACUGGUUCAGAGUGUCGUCACGUUACCGGAGACGAUGUGCAAGUCGAACGACAAAGAAAAGGAUAAAGAUAAAGAACUAGCAGAAUCUGAUAGUAAAAAAAAUCACGUUGAUAAGGAUCUCUUAAUAAUAUCUAAGUACGAAGCAGCAAUUAGUGUAGGCGGUACGUUUCUCACAUCAUUCCUGAAUAAGUGCCGAAGUAGAUCCGAAGAGGUUGACUUUAGGCCCCUAUUCGAAAACUUCGUUCAUGAUCUUCUGACGACAGUCAACAAACCAGAGUGGCCGGCAACUGAACUAUUGCUGAGUUUACUCGGGACGAUGCUCGUGAAGUACAUGUCGGACAAGUCGAUGGAGAUGCCGGUGCGCGUGGCGUCGCUGGAGUACCUGGGGCUGGUGGCGUCGCGCCUGCGCCGCGACAGCGUCACGUCGCGCGCCAAGCUCGCCACCAUGGACGCCGUCGUGCGCGACAUCCGCGCCGAGGAGGAGAAGGACGGCUGCCAGCAGCAGUUUCUCACUACGGGAUUAGAUGAAGAUGAGGAGCGAACUGAAUUCCUGCAGAGGGUUUUGCUCGAUUAUUUGGCUAUCAAUGGACAAAAGGACCAAGCAUGGAACUGUGCAAGGCAUUUUUAUAUUACACAGUGGUACAGAGAUAUGGUGGUACAACCGAAAAAUUCAUCGCCCACUAAAAGACCGAAACAUAAAUCGAAAAAAAAGCAUAAAGAUGAGAGCAGUGAAGAAGAAUCUGAAGCGGAUGAUGAUAGUGACACCGGUAUUAAAGACUCUAAGUUAGAUAAAAAGCAUAUGUCGAAUGCUAUUAUGUCCGCAGAGAAAUUUAAAACUAUUGAGCGGCGGAAGCAAUUCUUUCUUGAAAAAAUUAGACCAUUCCGAUAUCAAGGCGGAACGCAAGUGCAAGUGAUGCAAUCUUAUAUAGACUAUAGUGGAGCAGAGUUGAUCUCGCAAUAUUUAGCGUCGAAAAGAUCGUUCUCGCAGAGCUUUGAUAGAUACCUCAGAAAAAUUUUAGUUAUUUUAUGUGAAAAUACGAUAGCUAUACGUACAAAAGCAAUGAAGUGCUUGACGAUGAUCGUUGAAGCUGACCCUGCGGUGCUCGCGAGGCCAGACAUGAAGAUAGGUGUGAAUCGGUCGUUUCUUGAUCAAUCUACAGCCGUACGAGAGGCGGCCGUCGAUCUUGUCGGAAAAUUCGUACUCAGUCGGCCAGAUCUAAUCGACAAGUAUUACGAAAUGCUCUCGAAUAGAAUAUUGGACACUGGAGUUUCAGUACGAAAACGAGUGAUUAAAAUAUUAAAAGACAUCUGCAUAGAGUGUCCGGAGUUUCCAAAAAUUCCCGAAAUUUGCGUUAAAAUGAUAAGAAGAGUAAACGACGAGGAGGGUAUAAGAAAAUUGGUGAUGGAGGUGUUCCAAAACAUGUGGUUCAGUCCCUGCCCGAACUCCACGAGGCACGGCGCGCUCGACAUCACCACGGCCACCGCUGACCCGCUCACGAGGAAAGUGCUCAACAUCACGGACGUCGUCGUGUCCUCGCGCGACAUGGGCCUCGAGUGGUUCCAGCAGCUGCUGACGAGUCUAUUCAAACCAAAAGAAGAUAAAGAUGACUCGACGAAAAUAAUUUACCAACCGCCUAAAUCUUUAUUAGUAGCUUGCCAACAAAUCGUUGACUGCCUUAUCGAGCAUUUACUUCAGUUGGAAGAAACCAAUACAGAUGGAACGGGUUCAUCGCAGCGUAUUUUGGCGUGUCUCUCAACGUUGCAUUUAUUUGCUAAAAUUAGACCACAAUUACUAGUUAACCAUGCGCUAACGUUACAGCCUUAUCUUAGUUUAAAAUGUCAGAACCAAUACGAGCAACAGAUAAUGUCAACGGUGGCGUCAACGCUGGAGCUGGUGGUGCCUCUAAUGGAGCACCCGAGCGAGGUGUUCCUGGCGCAGUUGGAAGAGGACGCCGUGAAGCUGAUCCUGCAGCACGGCCAGCUCGUCAUCGCCUCCUGCAUCGCUUGCCUCGCCGCCAUCGUCAACAACCUCACGCACAAUUACAAGCUCAUCAGGGACGUCUUCAACAAGUACCAUGGAGUGCUACUGCAGUGGAAGCACAGCUGGCAGCGCAACCCCGACAUGACGCGCGCGCUCCACACGAGGCCGCACUUCCGGAGAGCUCUCUUCAUUGUGGGCUUGCUUCUGAGAUAUUUUGACUUCACUGACAGUAAAGUCAUUGAAGGUUUAGCGAGCGACAUAAAAGAACAAGUAUUCGGGACGCUGAUGUACUUCGUGGGGCUGGAAGAUGAAGACUUCGUAACGCACACGCUUAAGGCGUUGGGUUCGGUGUGCGUGCGCCACUACGAGUUCAUGCUGCGGCCCGAGCUCAAGGAGUUCUACCACCAGCUGCUCACCUCUGACUUGGCGCCCGUCGAGAUGAAGGCCGACGUGCUGCGGAACAUCGAGAUGUACUUGCAGGAGGAGGAGCAGAGGAUGAUACGGCAGGAUAAGGAAUGGUCAAAGCGGUCAAAGCACGAGAACCUGAAGGAGAUGGGCGACGUGUCGUCGGGCAUGGCGUCCACGGUGAUCCAGCUGUACCUCAAGGAGAUCCUGGGCUCGUUCCUGCACGCCAGCACCGUAGUGCGCUCCAGCGCCAUGAAAGUGGUGCAGCUGGUGCUGGCGCAGGGCCUCGUGCACCCCGUACAGAUCGUUCCAUAUUUAAUAUGUAUGAGCACGGAUGUAGAAGUAACGGUAUCGCACACCGCCGAUAAAAAUCUUCAAGAGAUAGACAAGAAGUAUCCUGGAUUCAUACAUAUGAAGGCACAAUUAGGCAUUAAGUUAUCGUAUCAGUUACAAAAAAUUUUACAAAAUAGCAGAAAAGGAGUUAUAAGAGGAUUUCGGAAAAAAGAUCAAGAUGAGUUACCUACCGCUCUCAAUGGUUUUUUAUAUUCGCUGUUGCGUAAUACACGGCCGCAACGGCGAGCGUUAAUUCUGUCUUUAUUAAAACAAUUUGAUGAUGUAUCUACUGCUCCACUGGAUCAAAUGUUGUACCUGGCAGAUAAUUUAAGCUACUUUCCAUAUCAAGUUCAAGAUGAACCAUUGUUUAUAAUACACCAUAUUGAUAUUAUUAUUUCUACCUCGGGAUCAAAUUUACUACAGCUUUUUCGUGAGGGGCUCGUGAAGACGGGCGGCGAGGAGAAGGAGCCGCUGGACGAGGAGGAGGACGAGGAGGAGGCGGAGGCGCUGGUGGCGCGCCUGCCGCCGCGCACGCGCGCGCUGCGGGACGCCAUGCGCCAGGCGCGCGGCUGCCUGCUGCUGCUCGUGCUCAAGCAGCACCUCAAGCAGCUCUACGGGUUCACGGACGCGAAAAUCAACCAGUAUUCGCCGUCAGAGAGCGUUAAAGUGUACGAGAAGGCCGUGUCCCGGCGGCACGCGCCUCAGUUCGAGCCCAAAGCUACAAUAGCGCAGAUGCAGACCACUGACGAUGAUCAGGAACUCGACGAGCGGGGGCGACGUAGGCUCGUCGACGACUACCUCGAGUUCAAGCAGCUGAUGUUGAAGUUCGACCCCGAAGAAGAGGAAGACGAGGACACGGCGGCGAAUGCGGCGCCGGCUGCAGCGGGCGCGGCGGGCGCGGCGGGUGCGGCGGGCCCGGGCGCCACCUAG